UCAUGGUCGGUGGUUCAUCUUCUUGUUCUUCUUCUUCGUGCAGUGAUGCAGCAUGGCUGUGGGGUUGAAGGGAAGCCUCAAAUACCUUGCAUUUUCAUAUUUGGAGACUCUUUAUCUGACAGUGGAAACAACAACCACCUCUUAACUUCAGCCAAAGCUAAUUACUUUCCUUAUGGCAUCGACUUCCCCUCUGGCCCAACUGGGAGGUUCACCAAUGGCCGCACUACUGCAGAUUUCAUCACUCAACGUUUGGGAUUUGAGAACUUGAUACCACCCUUUGCAAAUAUCAGUGAUUCAGAUAUACUUAAGGGUGUCAACUAUGCGUCUGGGGCCUCUGGAAUUCGCAAUGACACUGGCACGCAUCUGGGUGCAAAGAUCAGCUUGGAAUUGCAGAUAGAAAAUCAUAGAGCCAUGGUUUCUCAAAUUGCAAGCAAACUGGGAGGUCCUGAGAAAGGUCGACAAUACCUAAAUAAAUGCUUGUAUUAUGUGAAUAUAGGAAGCAAUGAUUACCUUCAGAAUUACUUCUUGCCACAAUACUUCCCAACAAGCAGCAUCUAUAACCCUGAGCAGUUCGCUGAAGUCCUUAUUCAGGAAUAUUCUCAGCACUUAAGGGCUUUGCAGGAACUCGGAUCAAGGAAAUUUGCGUUGUUUGGGUUGUUCCUUCUGGGAUGUGUUCCAAAUGAACUUAUGAAUCAUGGGGAUGGGUCUUUAUGUGUUGAAGAGGAGAACAGAGCAGUCCUCAUUUUCAAUGACAAGCUCAGACAACUCGUGGAUCAGUUCAAUAAAGAGUUUUCUGAUGCCAAAUUUAUCUACAUCAACAAUGCAUUAAUCUCAUCCAAAAGCCCACUUUUAGAUGGUUUAAGGAGCAUUGGGAAAUCUGGUUGCUGCCCAGUAAGAGCAGAUGGGAUGUGUGAUCCUAAUAAAUCACCAUGCGCAGAGAGGAAACUGAAUAUGUUCUUUGAUUCAUUUCAUCCUACUGAGGCUGUCAAUAAGUUCUUGGCCACCUUUGCCUACAAAUCUCUCCUUCCAAUCUUCACUUACCCAAUGGAUAUCAGUCAUCUCGUUCACUUGUAAACCACUUGCCAACGCCACACACACACAUACAUGUUCUUUAUUAUCAGGCUUACCAUUGUCACUAUGUAAUCAUAUUAUAUUGAUGCUCUGGGGUUUUGCAUUUUCUGUGUU